AUGCACCGCUGGUUGACUUACCUGGGAGUGUUGAUCGUGGCGGCGGCGGCGGCCAGCGACAUGCUGGAUGACUGUUUAUCGUCCCACCAUGCAUACAUAAUGAAUGUCGUGCUGCUGGAGGACGACACUUAUGAAUGGAGUCGGCCUUUUGUUCAGGAGGCUGUGGAGCGAGCUAUUGAGGUGGACAGGAUGGAGAAUGAGAAACACGGUUUGAAUUUCACACUGACGGCCAACUACAAUGGCUUUACCACCGAGGGAUACAACCGGCAGGGCUGUGAUAGCAGCACCUGCGAAGGGGUGACGAUACUCAAAAACCUACAUAAGAAAAAUCAAGUGGGAUGCAUCAUGCUGGGUCCGUCUUGUACUUUUGCAACCUUCCAGUUAGUGGAUCAGGACGUUGGCUUCAGCCUGACCAUACCCAUCAUCUCUGCUGGGAGCUUCGGCCUCGCCUGUGACUUCAAACCCAAACUGACCCGACUCCUCCCCCCGGCAAGAAAGAUCACCGACUUUUUCCUCAACUUCAAUAAUCUAAGUCUGCCUUUUAAGGAUCCUUGGGAGCGAGUCUAUGUCUACAAAAUGACUGAAAAUUUCACUGAAGACUGUUUCUGGUACAUCAAUGCCAUGGAAGCAGCGUCUUUCACCUUCGCUACAAAUACAAACAGGGAGAUGCUGCGCAGGGAGGAAGACCUGAUCACAGCGCUGAAGUCUUCAAAAAGACACAGCAACAUUUUUAUUAUGUGUGGCGGCGUCCAAGACAUCGUUUCCAUAAAGAGAAAGGCAGAUGUGAUCCUCGAAGACACCAUAUUCAUUCUCCUUAAUGUUUACAACACCGAGUACUAUGAUAACAGAACAUCCACUAAAGGCAUGGAGGACGUCCUGGUGGUCACUCUACCACAGAGGAACUACAAGGCAUACAACACUUCCUACAACAACACGAGAAACGACUACGUGGCCGGAUACCACGACGGAGCGCUGCUGUUUGGUAAAGUGCUCAGAGAGAGGAUGCUCAGCAGGCAACAACGCAGCAACGUGUUCCUCAACGACACUCCAGCUCUGCACCCGUUUGCCAACGUCACCUUUGACGGGAUGGGAGGACGCUACGUGCUCGAUCAGUACGGCGACAGAGACGUUAACUUCUCCGUGAUCUACACGUCCACGUUGACCGGAAUGUAUGAAACGCUGCUGGUUUAUGAUACGUCAACGAACGAAAGCAUCAUGGUGAGCCCGAACCCCGCGCUGGUGUGGAGGGGAGGCACUCUCCCUCUGGACCGGCUGGAGGAGCCCAGCACUUUUGACACGCAGGAAAUAACCGUAGUCGUGUUGAGCCUCAGUGUAGUGAUCGUGACGGCGGUCGCUCUCAUUUUCUACAGGAAGAACAGAAAAGAGCGUCACAUGCGGAAGAAGUGGUCGCACAUCGAUCCGCACCUGAUCGGCCCUCUGGACGAGAAGGAGGUGUCACUGAAGAUCGAUGACGAUAAGAGGAAGGACAGUACAUACUUCAACCAUCGCGGCCGCUACGACAAAAAGCCAGUGAUUUUAAAAGAGCUGCAACACAUAGACGGCGACUUCACAGAGAGCCAGAGGAUCGAGCUCAACACUCUGCUGCGUAUCGAUUACUACAACCUGACCAAGUUUUACGGCACGGUGAAGUUUGAGUACGGCGUGUACGGCGUGUUCGAGCUCUGCCAGAGGGGCUCGCUCAGGUACAUCCUCAAUGACAGGAUCUCGUAUCCGGAUGAAACCUUCUUGGACAUGGAGUUUAAGAUAUCGGUCAUGUAUGACAUUGCAAAGGGCAUGUCUUACCUCCACUCCAGUAACAUUCAGGUCCACGGUCGCCUCAAGUCCACCAACUGCGUGGUCGACAACCGCAUGGUGGUCAAGAUCACGGACUUCGGCUGCCACACCAUCCUGAAACCCGGCCGGGACCUGUGGACGGCCCCCGAGCACCUCCGUAAAGACGGCGUGUCUCAAAAAGGCGACGUCUACAGCUACGCCAUCAUUGCUCAUGAGAUCGUAUUGAGGCGACCGCCGUUCUACUCACAGUUCUGCACCAGUAAAGCAGAGAAGCUGUACAGAGUCCAGUAUCCCAGCGCCACCGUCUUCAGACCCGACCUUUACUUCGACGGCAUGUCAGAACGGGACAUCGAGCUGUACAUGCUGAUAACAAACUGCUGGGAUGAAGAUCCAGAGCGGAGGCCGGAUUUCAAGAAAAUCGAGUCAACACUGGGAAAGAUCUUCAGCAACUUGCACAACCAAGCCACCGAGACGUACAUGGACAACCUGAUCCGCCGCCUGCAGAUGUACUCCAAGACGCUGGAGCGCCUGGUGGAGGAGCGGACGUCUCUGUACAAAGCAGAGCGGGACCGAGCGGACCGCCUCAACUUCAUGCUGCUUCCCGCCCCCGUGGUUCGGUCCCUGAAGGAGACGGGCCGAGUGGAGCCCGAGCUGUUUGAGGAGGUGACCAUUUACUUCAGCGACAUUGUGGGAUUCACCACCCUCUGCCACUACAGCACCCCGAUGGAGGUGGUGGACAUGCUCAACGACAUCUACAAGAACUUUGACAGCAUCCUCGACCACCACGACGUCUACAAGGUUGAGACGAUCGGAGACGCCUACAUGGUGGCGUCAGGUUUGCCCAAGCGCAACGGGAACAGGCACGCAGUGGACAUCGCCCACAUGGCCCUCGACAUCCUGUCAUUUAUGGCCACAUUUGAACUGCAGCACCUGCCCGGGAUCCCUCUGUGGAUCCGGAUCGGCGUGCACUCAGGGCCGUGUGCUGCGGGUGUGGUGGGAAACAAAAUGCCUCGAUAUUGUUUGUUCGGCGACACGGUGAACACUGCCUCACGCAUGGAGUCAACGGGCCUGCCUCUGAGAAUUCACGUCAGCCAGUCGACCAUCAACAUCCUGCAGAGGACAGACUGCCAGUUUGAGUAUGAGCAGAGAGGAGAGACGUACCUGAAGGGAAAAGGCAAAGAGAUGACGUACUGGUUAACAGGAGUCACUGGAGGGAAGUACAAUCUGCCAACACCACCGACGGCGGAGAACUUCCAGCGGCUCCAGCAGGACCUGGCUGAGAUGAUCAUGUCCAGUCUGAAGCGCGGAAAAGACGGCUUUGAGAAGAGGAAAACCCUGUCCACCAAGAUCCGUCGCCGAGAGACCAACGGCAGCCUGCAGAAGGACGGCCUGCCCGAGUACUUUCACCUGGCUGUCACCGACAGUCCCACGACUCAGCUGUGA